CCUCCUCCUCCUCCUCUUCAACCCAUCUUCUUCAAGUCCAAUCAAAACAGUGGUCGUUCUGGUAAUGGAAAACCGCUCGUUCGAUCACAUGCUGGGUUGGAUGAAGGAGCUCAACCCAGAAAUCAAUGGUGUAGAUGGCUCAGAAUCAAACCCAAUGUCCACCACCGACCCGAAUUCUCCGAAAAUUUCAUUCAGCAACCAAGCUCACUUCGUCGACCCUGACCCGGGACACUCAUUCCAAGCCAUUCGCGAGCAGAUCUUCGGGUCUAAUAACACCUCCCUGAAUCCACCACCCAUGAAUGGAUUCGCCCAACAAGCUCACUCCAUGGACCCCAACAUGACCCAAAGCGUCAUGAAUGGGUUCAUCCCUGACAUGGUUGCGGUCUACAAAGCUCUUGUCUCUGAGUUCGCCGUCUUCGACCGGUGGUUCGCCGCCGUUCCAUCUUCAACGCAACCAAACCGCCUCUACGUCCACUCAGCGACGUCCCAUGGUGCCACCAGUAACAUUCCGGCGUUGCUCGCCAAGGGUUACCCACAACGCACAAUCUUCGAAAACCUCGAUGACGCCGGAAUAUCCUUCGGAAUCUAUUUCCAGAAUAUUCCGGCGACUCUUUUCUACAGAAACCUGAGGAAGCUCAAAUACCUUGGUAAAUUUCACCCUUACGGCUUGUCAUUCAAGCAAGAUGCUGAAAAGGGAAAGUUGCCGGGUUAUGUUGUGGUCGAGCAGCGGUACAUGGACUCUAAGUUGGAGCCCGCUAACGAUGAUCAUCCGUCGCAUGAUGUGUAUCAGGGUCAGAUGUUUGUGAAGGAGGUGUAUGAGAUACUGAGGGGUAGCCCACAGUGGAAUGAGACUUUGCUUGUGAUCACCUAUGAUGAGCAUGGUGGGUUCUAUGAUCAUGUGGCGACACCUAUCAGUGGGGUCCCUAGUCCGGAUGGGAUUGUGGGUCCUGAGCCCUUUUUGUUUCAGUUCAACAGGUUGGGGGUUAGGGUUCCUACUAUCAUGGUCUCUCCUUGGAUUGAAAAGGGUACUGUUGCUCAUGGGCCUAACGGAUCACCUUUCCUGGCAUCAGAAUAUGAGCAUUCGUCGAUUCCGGCAACAGUAAAGAAGAUCUUUAACUUGACCUCACCCUUCCUAACUAAGAGGGAUGAAUGGGCUGGUACCUUUGAGGCCAUUCUCCAAACUCGGAAAGAACCUAGAACUGAUUGCCCAGAGACACUCCCAACUCCAGCUAAAAUCCGGCAAGGCGAAGCCGACGAAGAUGCCAAGCUGAGUGAAUUCCAGCAGGAGCUACUGCAACUUGCAGCAGUGCUUAAAGGAGAAGAUAUACUUUUAAGUUAUCCAGAAAGGAUUGGAAAGCAAAUGACUGUCAAAGAAGGGAAAGAAUACAUGGAGGAUGCAGUAAAGAGGUUCUUCGAAGCAGGACUAGCAGCCAAGGAAAUGGGUGUUGAUGUAGAACAAGUUGUCAAAAUGAGGCCCUCCCUCACUACAAGAUCUUCUAAACCUUCAAUUGAACAUCCAUAAAAAAAACAUAUUUUUCGUUACUUUGGGCACAACAAGUUGUGGUAACAUGGUUAUGUAUCUUACGGUCAACAUACUGGAUGAGAAAUGUAUUUUAUACCUGUACUCGUGUUUGAAAAUAUUAUAUAAAAUUAAAAACUGAAUUAAUCUUGUG